AUGUAUUUGAAGUGGAUAGCAACCUUAUACGCGAAAAAUAAAGUAUUUAAGAAAGAAAUAAAAUGUACUGCAUUCAACAGUUCGUUUAUUCAGACCACUCGAAACCUAGUUAAAAAACUUGAUACUUGCCUUGUUACAGCAUCGACUUAUGCAGACACUCUAUGUAUGAUGAAAGUCUUGAUGAGAUCUCUGACUCAUCUGAUAGGAAUACGAUCAGAAAAUACUUCGUCUCCAUCAAAAAUAGCAACUUGUGCUUUCGAAAAGACUUUCCCUUUUGCAAAGAUGAGUCAGGCUUAUGAUGAGAUGGCAAAAACUCAUGUUGUGUCUACCCUGCCAAAGUCCAUUCCAAGAAUAGGAGACGCUUUUUCAAAGGACAUGCUAAAUACAGCAGGAAAAGUUGGUGCAGUGUGUUGA